AUGGAUCGUCAAAUUUCUACUAUUCUUCAUGAGAAGGAAAAACUUUCAAAAAAUAUAUCAAUACUAGAUGCUUCUUUAGCUGAAUAUAUACAAAAAUUGGUAGAAGAAAAUGAAUAUUUAAAAGCAGAAAAUGAAUCAUUGAAGAGUGGUCUUUUUCAUAGUCGUGGAACUUUGAUAUCUACUUCACAAACUAUUUCUUCUCAUUGCCACUAUGAUACUUCUAAAAGUGGUAAUAAUACUUCUGAUAAUUGUUUAUCAUCAACUUUUUCUUCUAAUACAAAAGAUUUGCUUAUUAAAAAAAAAUGUGUAACGGCAAAGAUUAAUGCGAUGAAUGAACUUUGUUCUGGUAUGUUUCAACGUCUCAAAAGUGUUGCUUUGGUAAUCAAAGAUGUAUUAAAAGAUGAGGAUUCAGAAAUUAUUGGAGAUUUGGUUUCAUGUGUCGAUGCAGCUAAAUAUGAGAUAAGUAAUAGUCUUCACGAAGCAUCAAUUCUUCUAAGUCAAGAUGUUGAGGUUCAAAGAGGUGAUACCGAUACUUGUAAAACUGAUAAUGCUCAUUUUGAUUACUUGAAAGAUUUGUCACUUUCUGAUAGUAUUUUAAUAACAUUAAAAGAUAAUCCAAAUCAAGAGUUAAAGAAAAAGUGUGAAGAACUGGAGAAAGAAAGAGAUUAUUACAAAGAACUUUAUGAAAAUCAAUGUUCUAUUGAUAGUGCUAACGCAAGUAAUAGUGGUUCACUUUGUGAUGUUAGUGAAGAUAGUAGAACUGAGUACGGGAAAGAAAAUUUGAGAAUUAAUUACGAUCAUAGUUAUCUUUUGUUACAUCAAGUUAUUCGUCUUGUUGAUAAUAUUAUUAAUUAUUGUCAAAAGAAAGCUGAUGAAGUUGAUGUUACGCUAAGAAAUCCUUUGAAGAAUAUAGAAGAUGUUUCUAAAAAAGCAGCUAAGAAAUUACAACAAUAUGAUCGUUUGACAACUCAUGCUAAAUCUGAAGAUUGUCAUGUUAACUCAGCAAACAAAUCCCUUACUGCUAAUCAUUCUCCAACAAGUACUUCUGAUAAAGUAAAAGAAAAUUAUGAUAUUAAAAAAAGAUCUAGAGAUAAUGGUUUUACUAAAGAAAUAAAAAUGAAGCUAAUGAAGGAGUUGAAGGGUAUUAGAGAAACAAUGGUUUAUGUUUCUGAAGCUACUACUGAGAUGUUUGCACAUUGCCAAUUUCAAAAUAAACCUAUAAGUGAAGAAAAAAAAUAA